GUAGUACACUUUUCUUCAUAUGCUGACCGCGGGGACAACAGCGAGGUGCCUUCGAUCGCGGCACAGAAAACAGACAGGAAGCUAAAACAUGAGAUUAGGACAAUAGGAAAACAUCGGAAAAAGCUAUUUGGCCUUAAAUAGACUUUGGUAAUUAUUAAGAAGAGGAAGACAAAGAAAAAAGAGACAACUGUAAAUUUCCAUACGAAGGAUCUCCAAAGUAAGGGAAGCAGAAGAAUGACUGGGAAAUCUUGGAUUUGAUAAUGUUGGCGUUAUAUCCUGCUGAUCGGACCAAGAAGAGGAAGGAAAAAAAAAAAGAAACGAAGAUACGAGAGGCCUUGUGAAUGUGUGGUUGAGCACGUGCAGGAUCUCAUCAGAACUGACGUAUGAACUUAUUUCUCUUUUCCUCUCUCUCUUUUUUAAAUAUAUCGACUGAAUAAUGUGACAUUUGCAAUCAGGACUGUAACUUUGGAUACAUAAACUUUACUAAGACAUUGUACAUGGUCCCAUCAUUCACUGUAGAUCACACACAGAUCACUGUACUGACGAUGCCUAACAACAGCACUGACGGGAACUGUAUUAUAAAGGAUGACUUUAAAUACGUUCUAUACAGCUCAGCGUUCAGCAUCGUCUUCAUCCUAGGACUGCUCUUCAACAUUGUGGCUUUGUACAUAUUCACUUGUACGCUGAAACAAAGGAACGAGACCACCACCUACAUGCUGAAUCUGGUUGCAAGCGACACACUUUUUGUUGUCAGUCUGCCGUUUCGGGUUUCUUACUUUCUCAGCCAGCGUUGGCUGUAUGGGUCGGUGUUCUGCAAAAUCUCUGUGGGGCUGUUCUACAUGAACUUGUACGGCAGCAUCCUUUUCUUGACCUGCAUCAGUGUGGACCGCUUUCUGGCAAUCGUUUACCCUUUAGCCUCAAGAUCGCUGAGGACUACAAGGAAAGCAAAAAUUGCCUGCCUUUCAGUUUGGUUGCUCACAUUCUCGAUAAGCUUAGCAGCUGGGCUUCAGCUGGAAACAUCCGACUCUGGUGACACAAGAUCCUGCUUUGAGAAAUUCAGCAACAGUCAGUGGAAAUCCAAGAUAUCUAAGGUCGUGGUGGUCAUUGUGACAGUGGGCUUCCUGAUCCCGCUUUUAAUCAACAUUUUCUGUUCCAUGAUGAUCUUGCGAACGCUGAGAAACCUGGACACCAUUCAAAGUCAAGUGCAGCUGAAUAAGACCAAGAUCCUGCGGAUGGUGUGUGUGCACUUGCUCGUCUUCUGCUUUUGCUUCAUCCCAUAUAACGUCAACCUAGUUUUCUAUGCCCUGGUCCGCAGCAAAGCCAUCGAUAAUUGUGCCGUGGAGACGAUCGUCAAGACCACUUACCCCAUCGCGUUAUGCAUUGCAGUGACAAAUUGCUGCUUUGACCCUGUUAUUUAUUACUUCACCUCAGAAACCAUCCAGAACUGCAUUAAGCGCAAGUCUGCUUUAAAGAGCAGCAAGCCGCCUUGCAACGGUCCCAACACCGAGGCUCCUGUGAACAUGGCACAGUUUCUGAUAGCCAAGUUAAUGUUUACUGAAUCUACGGUAUGAGGAGACCAAUGUUUCUACUCUGAAAGAGAACACAAUGUACCAGUGAACCCUUCUAAAUGAAAUAUAUCUUUAUAAUACAGCUAAUAUAUUAUUUGUCUUUGUAUUGUGAAGGUGUUUUUUUUUUUUAUCCUGUGUUGGGCAUUUUCACAAAUCAACUCAUGCCAUUUCAUUCAUUUAUUUAUUUAACAAACGCAAAAACAACUUUUUAUCAAAAACUUUUGAUCGAAAACUGCAAUUAACCCAGCUAAGUACAUAAGGCUGUAACAUAUAAAACCUGAUAUUUACUGCUUAGACAUACAAUUAAAAAUAGUAGUACUCAUGUAUGUGUUGAACUGAAGUUUCAACAAUUACUGACCUUACCUGCACAUCCUACAUACAGUGGUACCUCGGUCCUCUACCACCUCCGAGUUUGAAUUUUUGGUAUUCGAUUCGAAUUUUCGAGUCAAUUUGACCUCGGUGAAUGAAAAUAUUUUUGGUGUACGACUCGACCAUCAGGAACGCCAGUUCAUGUUUCAUACAGGAUUGCAACAAAUAUCAACAUUUCGAACAAAAUUCGAACGAAUGAUGUGAACUGUAUUUCACACAAAUUUCCAGUUUUCGAAAAUAUUUUUC